AAACACACAGAAACACACAGCUUGACACAAACCCGCAUCGCUUGGCUCCAGCCAAUCCAUAGCGUUCGUUGGCUGCUGCUGCCACAUAUUAUUAUUUCAUCUGGUCGUCUGUCCUCGAUUAAAUUACCCCUAGUCUGGAGUCUGGAGACUGCAGCAAUUCAUUAUUCAUUGAUUGACUGGCGGCCUGCUGCCUGUCAGUCCAAGACCAACCUCCGGCCUCUUCUCUCUCUCUCCCCCCCUCUCUUCCCCUUGUUCUCUCAAUCAACCACGCUUUCACACAAGCCACUUCUUAGUUAGCCCCUUGUCGAUCUUCCUACUUGUUUCAUCAAGCCCGCUUUGCACGUGAGGACUUGCUUAUCCGACCCGACGACUACUUUGACGCCCACGUCCCGUCCUGUCCUGACCCUUGCGAACACCUAACCUCCCCCGCGCCCGUCGCUUUGCGUCGACUGCUCCUGUCAUCCUCUGCUCCAUCCAAUGUUGGCGCUUCCAUAUCCAAUUUUGCCUGUGGGAGUCUGUGUUGUUGUUGCUGCUGCUGCUGCUGUUGCCGCCGCCGCCGCUGUUGUUGUCGUCCCCGCUUCCCUCGUCGAGCAUGGUUGUUGAAUCACCAGAGGAUGGCUCCCUGGCUGGAGCUGCUGAAUCCAAGGCCCGCAAAUGGCGCGGCAAAUUGUUCUCCAAAGACAAGACUCCGAAAGUGUCUAUUGAUGAGCAGGUUGAUGACUUCCUAGGUUCCCACCGCUCCCCUCUCCCGCCGCCGCGGCAGUCCAUCUCUUCCCCAAUCUCCACUCCACAACUCCCCGCCAAACAACACCAACAACCCUACCAACAUCAGCAUGAGCCACCACCACCACCACAAAAACAAGAACAAUGGCAACAACAGCAACAACAACGGCGAUCACCGCCACGUCACUAUCAGCAUCAGCAUCAACAUCAACAAUCGCGGACUGGUGUCCCCGUGGCACCCCGUCUCAAUCUUGCCGUUUCGCAACGAUGGCCUGAAUCCGGCGACUCCCCGGGCCGGUCUCCCUCGCGUCUCUCCAUUGAUACCAAAGAUCCAACUCGUACCACCCCGAUCAGCCCCCCGAAGAAACGGAGUCGUAGAAAGGGUUUAAAGGUGACAUUCGCCAACAAUGGCCCCGAGGUCAUUGGAGAAGGGGGUGACGAGGCUGAGCUACCAACUAAGGAUGUACUUCUUUAUCGUUCGAGAUCACACUCGACCGCUUCCAUUGCGACGGAUGGAUCACAUGCCCAUUCUGAGAAUGCAGGCCCAUUUGGCUCCCCAUCGAAUUCUACGUAUUGGGGUGGAGCCUCUUCAGGGCAAGGUCUUAGCCUAGAGGAUACUCGAGAGAAGCUCAAAAUGGUGAAAAGCGCCCACGAAGCAGACUUCUUACUAUCCCUUGGGACACAGAACACGACAGGGUCUCGCAUAUCGUUGAGGGAUUCGGGAGAUCCAAACUCCUUUGCAAGUCGCAUUCAGGCUAGGAUGAGAGCUGAGGAGGGUUUGGCACUGCAAAAGGCGGCACGGACUGCUUCGCCUACGGAUCCAGACGAAUUCGAUUCUCACCCUUCUCCAGAAACUGCCCUCCCGCUCCGCCCGUCCGCUGCUUCGAACCCAUCACCAGAUAUGACCCGCGAAACAUCCUCUCCCCCGAAGUUUGAUUUUUGGGGAAGUGUAUUAUCUGCUCUGCCUAGCAAGAGCGAGCCAAACAGACACCAUAAUAGUGCGUCGGACAGCCCUGGAACAACACACACUUCUCCGGGGUCGUAUCCGGACACUCCACCCCCACCCUAUUUGAGAUCCUCACCCGCAGAGCCGGAUCGUGAGCCAGAUAAACAACGUCUGCCUCCGAAAAGCUCCUUUGAUAAUCAGACUCAACAAACUAAAGAUCCAGCUUCUUUGAAGACGUCGUGGAGAGCCGCUGCUAAUGUCGUUAGUAAUGAUGCCCUGGCUGAUUUUACAGCGCGCGCUGCACAAUAUAAUGAUAUUUUCAGCGAUGCUGCAGAGAGCGUUAAGCCGUCCAUGGAGACGUCCUUGUCCGAAUGGAUCAGAACAAGUGUAUGGUGGUUUCUCAAGGGCAAGUCUGACGUCGAAGCGUCCAUGCGUCCUCAACCCUCAAAUGGCGGAAGAAACUCUCCACCUGAUGUUGAUAGAACGUGUCAGGGUGUGCUCAAUUUGGCGAAAUCCUGGUGGAUUACCGAGCAUAUUGUCCCCGAUCACCCCGAGUUGUCCCGAUUCGGAAAUAUGAGCACAGAAACUAUGAUUGCGGUAGCCACAACGGCAGGCGAUCAAAGGUUGAGUAGUUUAAUGAGUGUUCGUCAAGGAACCCUCAGCCAUCUACGCGCAUUGGCGAUGUCGAUGAAACGAAACAAUAUCCUCCCAGCAGCCAUGGAACAACUGCAUCUCUCCCGAGGAAUCGAUACCACGAUAUGGGUCCGGUACCCUUUCUUUGCGCCCGACAUUUCCGCAGUUCUCUCCGGCCAAGUGACGCGAUCCAUGCUCAUGGAUACAGCGCGAAAGGCGACGGAAAUUGGUGAUGUUAUGCCAUUGGGAGACUCUAGCCGUUAUUUCUGUUAUGGUAGGAUGUUUGUGGAGGCGUACCUAAGCUCCAGCGAAGACGAUUCUGAACAAUUCGCAAUUCCUUGUGUAUUGUCUAUUAUACGUGAUCGAAGUGACUGGAAUGUACUUGUCUCAAUUACGAGCCAAAAUGAACUUGUUAAUUUAAUGAUCCAGGGAGAUAAAAAGCUGGGUCCCACAUGGGCAGAUGUAGAGUGGCAAGUGAGAACUAACUCGAUGCGAGUUCGACUGCCUCGUGGCUUCGAAUUGGAUAUUCAGUUUGAGCAGGCCGACUUUAAAAUGAUCUGGAAAAUUGUGGAAUAUACCCAUAAGACUGAGGACAGCUUACAACCGGAAGCGGGCGAAACUUUACUGUUCGAGGACGUUUUGAAAGUAUUUCAAUACAUGGACUCCAGUCCCAACAAAGCAUUCCCUCCGGAACCUAGCCCGCGAUGUCGAAUACGCCUCUUCGAGAAAUCCGUAACUAUAACUGAGGGUACUGGCACGCGAAAAGCCCAUAGAGGGUUCCGGUUCAUCGCCGUGACAAGCCCUAAGGUUAAGACGCUCAGUAGUGUUUCCCACGAACUAGGCAACGGGACACCCAUUGUCUUUGGCUAUCUGCGAGGCGAGGACGGUGCUCCAGCCCUUCUCGUCAAAAUACCGCAAGAAGGUGGCGGCGGUGCAAAGCGCUCCAUGUUAUUAACAUUCCACGAACAGGAGGAACGCGCCAAAUUACACUCGCUACUCCUCGGCAUCGCUACCUUGCAAGACGAGGUGAAGACACCCGACAUCCCCAUGCGGUCUUUCUCGAUGGAACAACUCCCGGAUGGGCAUUCGGUAUCGAAACCCGUCGUACAUUUGCAAUUCUCUUCGCCCUCUGCUACGGUGAUUAAUACUAGCUCCUCCCCAUUAUAUUCUCAGCAUGGAUACAGUUCUACGAUUUUAUCUGAACAUCUGCGUGUUUUCGUGACGUCGAAUUGGGGAUCAGUGACGGACAGAAUUAAUAUUGGUCCUGGAGAGCUUGAAAUUGCUCUCGACGUUACUAUUCCUACUGCAUUGAGCAUUCUUAGGCCACCCCAACUGGAUUUGGGUAUUUCCGUGGCGGAGAAUUUGGUCCCUAAGGAAACCCCGGGCGAUAUGGCCCAACUCUUAAAGAUAGCCCAGACGAAAGCUGUAAUUCGACGAUAUAACUUCUCAUCUCUACAGGAUCUCCAUAGAUUCCAACAAGCCAUCACGAACUUUAAAGUUGUAUUCGACGGUUUCGCCUCCUUAUUUGCAAUCUCCAGAAGAAGAAUGGUGGUCCCCAUCUACAAGAAAUGGGAAGCGAGCAAAGUUCGCAUCCAGGUGCUCACGCAGGAGAAAAUCGUGCAACUCGUCGCCUUCUUCCACGACGACUUCAGCCACGGCAAAUGCAUGAACUUCGUCCUGAAAAGCACAGACAUCUUCGAGAGCUUCAACCACCGCUCUGGCAAGUUUGGCGUCAAGAUCGUCGAUGCGAAAUUUGCCCUGCCGACGCCUGCUGAUGAUCCCGCGGCGGGCUUUGUGUCCCUCGACAUACCGGAGUAUCCAGGCGAGCAUGAUGAUAUUUCGAUUGCUUUUGAUUCGGAGAAUGAUAGGGCUGAAUUCCAAAAUGUCAUGCCUGGCUCGGUCAAGGAACCGUCGAGGAUGGGAUCGCUUCGGAAAUAGAAUAAGCAAAACACUAGAAAGGCAGAAGUUAUGCCUCACUCCAUUUUAUACCUCGCUCCGUUUUAUAUGGAAGUUCUCUUUUUGUUUUGUUUUCUAUUUUCUUGGGGGCGUUUAUUUUCUCUUUUCUCUGCUUUUUUUUCCCUUUUCAUGACAGGGGAAAUCCAUGGUGUUAUUUUUCUUUCUUGUUUUCCCCUUUCUCCUUUUUUGUCGUCUCAUUGUUCCAUGCUGCUCUUUUCCUUCGGCAGCAUUUCCUCUCUUCUUUUCCGUCUCUCUUAAUAGCCUAGCUUUACCCUUGCGAUUUGUACGAAGUCAGGCCGUGCCUUUUCAAUUUUAUUUUUGUCAUUUGUUGAUUUUAUUUGUUUGUUCCUCUUAUAUAUAUAUUCUUUUUACAGCGAGCGAAGAAGAGAGCAAACUUUUUUUUUUUCUUCUUUUUGUAC